AUGCCCGAACAAAAAUUCAAGCCCACAGAAAAAGUACCCACAACUGUUCUCAGAAUAUCCCCGAGGUUUCUCCAGUUCAAUCAAUUCGAACAAGAGAACCCAGUAACCCCAAAUUCCAAAUCCAGGAAAAUUCGGGUUCCCGAUUCUUGUUCCACUACUAUUAACUCCUCAUUGCACAAUAGUUCAAACAAAACCGAGAAAGGAAAAGUUUCCAAGAAGCGAGAGGAUACAGAUAUCGUGUUAAAAAGAACGAAAAUUUUGGGUAAUGGGUCAAGAAGAUACACGAGAUCUGAUGGCAAAGCUGAUGUGAGAAACAAUGGGAAAGAUGGGGUGACUCGGAGAAGCAAAGAAGAAGUUUCAAAGAAGCUAAAUGAUACGGAUAAUCUGUCGAAAAGAUUGAAAAUUUUGGGUAAUGGGUCAAGAAGAUACGCGAGAUCUGAUGGCAGAGCUGAUGUGAAGAAAAAUGGAGAAGGCGUGGAUUUGGGGAAACAAUAUGUGAUAGAAAGGAGGGUGACUCGAAGUUUGACUCGGGAGAAUAAUGUCAUUAUUGAUGUUACUGAUUGCAUUCCGAAGGGUGAUUGCAGUAAGAGAGUGAGGGUUUUAUCAGAUGAACGGAAGGCUAAAUUGGGUGUCAAUUUGUCAGUGCAAUUUGAGAGUAAAACUGAGAAAAGGAUUGUUACUAGUCCUAAUCAAGCGGCAUUUAGAGAGCACAUUGAGAAGGGCAGCAAUGAUUCGACUGAGUGUUUGGAUAAAGGAAAGGUGAAAGGGUUACAUAAACAAAGUACAAGUAAUUUUGAUGAUAGUGAAUGCGAUGCUAUAAGGGGAGGAGGAGAUGAAAAGGAAGGGAAUGGAUGCAAAAGAAAGACGUCAAUCCACGAGAACAAGAGUAGAAGUCGAAUUGAGGAAGAGCAUAGUAUUAUUCUAGGAUGGACUAAGGAACAAGAAUUGACAUUGCAAAGAGCUUAUUUUACUGCAAAGCCAACGCCUAACUUCUGGAAAAAAGUCUCUCGGAUGGUCCCUGGAAAAUCUGCACAUGAAUGUUUCGAUAGAAUUCAAUCAGAAAACUUGACCCCAUCUCAAACUCGAAUUCGUUCAAGGGCAAGGAGAAAGAAUGAAUCACCCCUCUCGCUUUCUACAAGUAAAUUGCUGAAUUCUGCUGAAACAAAAUUUAAAAAAUUUAGAUCCAGCAAGAGGAAGGGCCUUCUUGCCCAAAAGACCGUAAGACAACUAUUAGAAAAGCAGCAGAAUACGGAUCAAGAUUAUGAAGCAGAUUUGUUUACAGUUCUUGAGCCGAGAACAAGUCCGUCUACUCAAUGUUUUCAUGAGAGUACUGCAUUUGCCACCCCACAACAGAGCAACAAAGGAAUUGUUUUCCUCAAAAAAUGCCAGGAAAAAACUUCUUCUUCUCAUAAGAAGCAACAUUCACAAUUAAAGAGCUCGUGCAACACAGCUUUUCUAAGUCCCCCGGUUCUUAAACAGAUUAAAAACAAGGCAUUACAUGAGAAAUACAUAGAUCAGCUACAUUGGAGGGAAGCAAGGAGAAAGGCAGCAUCAUUAAAGAAUGCCAAGUGUAUUAAGAGCAAAAAUGACAAAAACAACAGUAAUUUCGAAAAAGGAAAUGCUGUUAAAGCUGCAAAAGAUGCUCUGAUAUUUGAUACUCAAGAAGCUAUCAAUCAGCAGCUCCAGAGCCAGCAGUCGAGCAAAAUAAGUGUUGGCGACAUUGAUAACAAUUGCUUUCUUAGUGAUGAGGAUGAGGAUGAAGGUGGAGUCGGAUUUUUAUAA